UCGUAGUUGAAACAGUUCCUGUUUUGGAAUGUGCGGGGCGCAGAAGGCGUCCUGACACCACCUCCCGCGGCUCGCUCAUUCCUGCUCAAACCCAGCAGCCUGCGAUGGACUACAUCUUCUCCAUAACAGGCAGCGGGGCCAGAGUGGUCAAAGACGCGAUUACUCAGAGACUUUGGCCGGGACAGGGACAGGAGUCCGCCCCGCUGCAGCUGCCCGGUGCUGGGACAGCAGCCGGAGAGAGACCCCCCCUCCACCAUGAGACAGAUACUGGCCAGAAGAAGACUCCAGAGAAGAAGGAUGGGAGGCGCAUGUCGUUCCAGAGACCCAAAGGGACCGUGGAAUAUUCUGUGGAAUCGCGGGACACGUUGAACAGCAUUGCGCUCAAGUUUGACACCACACCCAACGAGCUGGUUCAGCUGAACAAGCUGUUCUCCAGGGCGGUGGUGCCUGGCCAGGUUCUGUACGUUCCUGAUCCCGAGUACGUCUCCAGUGUGGGAAGCUCCCCCUCCCUCAGUCCCAUCAGCCCCCUGUCUCCCACCUCCUCUGAAGCUGAUUUAGAGAAGGCGACGGAAUCCGAUGUCCCACCCAGACCAGAAGUGGUUCAGCCCCCGGUGUUCUCAGCUCUGCGUCAGUCCAGAGUGGUCUCAUCCACCUCCGAGGAGGAGGAGGCCCUGACGGAGAAGUUCCUCAAGAUCAACUGCAAGUACAUCACUGAUGGCAUGGGUGCAGUCAGCGGGGUGUUGUUGGUAACUCCUAAUAACAUCAUGUUCGACCCUCACCGCAUGGAUCCGCUGGUUCAGGCCCAUGGAUGCGAGGAAUACGGCAUCAUGUGUCCCCUGGAGGAGGUGCAGUCAGCGGCCGUCUGCAAGGAGAUCACCGACCCAAGGAUCAGAGAGGCAGUCCCUGAUGACCUGGAGCCUCUGCCAGCUGAAAGGCACCCAUCCCAGCAGAAAGAGCCGGAGCCCCGCCUGAAAGAGCCGGGGCCCAAUGAAGGCAGCAGUGGAGCCCCACGCAGCACAGACGGCUCCUUCUCUGAGGACGUCUUCACCGAGACAGAGCUGUCCCCCAUUCGGGAAGAGGAGCAGGCUUCCAACGAGGACCUCCGUCAGGAAAAAUCGUCCGGCGCUUCAACAGAGUCUGUGCAAACGAUCACCCAGGUGGAGGCGGCCAGCACUCAGGCACCAAGCAGCACUCGCAACUCAGUCAGCCAGCCUGAGGAGCCCGACGUUCCUAAAUCAGAGGACAAUCCCCCAGACACUGCCACAGUAAACAAUAGCCAGUCCCCCAUGGGAUCCAAGCAGCACAGUGUAGAGAAGCAACCAAGCACACCCACUACCACCAGCAACACUAGCCAGAGCCAGGGUCCCAGCAGCAGCGCCUCCCGCCCAGGGUCCCAAAGCUCACCCACCACUUCUGUCUCAGCCAGUCAGCAGGGGGAAGCCAACCAGGAGACCGACGUCUCCAAAACGGACACUAUGCAACAAGGCACAGAGGAGAAGGAAAGUGCAGAGCCCACGCAAAAGGUCGACACGCAGCUCUCUGCUGAGGGUUCUGGUGAGAAGAGGAAGCACCGCUCUCACAAGUUCCUGUGUUUACGGGUGGGCAAGCCGAUGAAGAAGACGUUUGUCUCCAACGCCAGCGCCUCCAUGCAGCAGUACGCCCAGCAGGGCAAGAAAAACGAGUACUGGUUCGCUGUUCCACAGGAGAGAUCAGAGCACCUGUAUGUAUUCUUCAUGCAGUGGAGUCCAGACAUGUACGGAGAGGGCAUCAGGGGGAUGGGCCAAGAACCCGGGUUCAUGGUGGUCAAAAAGCACGUUGCAUCAGAAACGCCCGUCGAUGAGCCCAUCACUGACCUUAAUGUGAAGGAAUGGGAGGUAAGGUCACAGCAGGGGGGUUUCCUCACCUGGAGAGAAGUUGCAUCUUUGGUGUUGUAUCAAAUCAUCACAGAUAUGGAUUAACUUUUCAGUUCUUUACUAGUUUAAUCCAUACCCUGUGAAACACAAGCCUUAUAUUUUAUAUUCCUUUUGUAUGCUAAGGUCAGUGUUAAAUAAUUGAUUUGCUGUCAUUACACGGUGCUAACUGUCAAUGUAUUGUGUUUUAACACCAUCUGAAUUUCGUAGCCUGUUUUGUAUCCUACUUCUGUAUUUUUGCACCGUUUUUGUUCCACUGUAUAAUUUCUUUUUAGUUGUAGUAAAUCUAUGUCAACUUUCUAUCACAUUGCAACUUAUGUUAGAUGUCUCACACUUGCUUUGCUUGGAAAUGCGCUUCUCUGAACUUCCAACCAAAGUGUUUUGCAUGUUUGUGUAAUUUGUUUUCUUUAACUCCUCUGAGUCACUGUAUGGUAUUUCCAUCACAUGUCCUGUGAUUGUCUCGCGUGUCGGUCAGUGUUUGUCUAGUUCAGUCGCUGAAUGGAAAUUAUCCAACACCACUGUGAGUUACUUUGAAAUACUCUCUUGAAGUAAAAGUGACACUGAUAUGUGUUCUUCCUGCUUUCGAUAUAG